GAUGUAUUUAAAAAUUCUCUACAUUUUUCCUUUUUGGUAAGUUUUUCCUUUAAAAAUAUUCAAUUACCCUUAUUUUUUUUUUUAUCUUCUUUUUUCUAUACUAUUCAUUAUCUUUACUAUUUUUCUUAAAUGUUAUGCCAAAAUCACACGUAGCACACACCGUUAGUAGCAUAGUAUAGCAGAUGCAAAAUUUAUUUGAAAGACCUUGGAAAAUGUCAUUGAGAUUUUUUUUUAAUUAUACCGUAUCGAAACUGCACCACUUUUGAGAGAUUUGAUGUGCCAAUUCACUGACUAUCCCGGACCCCGAAACUAGAAUACUCGAUUGUGUUCUGUCCAGUCAAGUCCAGCCCUAAUCGUACGAUAUAAAAAAGGGCGGGCAUUCAUCUUCCUCUUCAGUUACCAUAUUCGCUACAACUUCCCACCAAGAUUAUUUCCGCAGAAGAUUCUGCUUUCCUCCCGGUUCAAGAAGUCCUUCAGGCAGUAUGGCAAAUACAAGUGCGAAUGUGGGAGGUGGAAAAAUGUCUGAAUCAGAUGAUAGCCAUAAGCUGGUAAAAAUACCUGAUGAUCUGUUGAUUAAAGAAUUUGACAAUCCAAUUAAAGCUAUAGUUCAGAGCACGUAUCCGAAUCUGCAUGAGCAAUACCAAAGCCAGGAGUAUAUGAAGUGCAGAACUAUUUUGACAUCAACGGUUGAAAGCGUUGAUAAAAUCAACGACUAUAUUCUUUCUUCAACCCCAGGUGAAGCAAAAGAAUAUCUUAGCGCUGAUUCUGCUGAGAAAUUAGGAGGACCUGAAGGAGAUGCCCUUGCAGCGUUGACACCUCCCGAGUUUCUAAAUACUUUAAGUUUGCCUGAUUUUCCCAAGCAUAAGCUAAAGCUCAAGGUUGGGACCCCGGUCAUGCUUUUGAUGGACAUGGAUCCGUUUCAAGGAUUGUGCAUUGGAGCUAGAUUAAUUAUCACAAGACUUGGAAAUUUUGUACUCGGAGCAAAGAUGUUGUCGGGAGGCAAUGCUGGAGAGGAGAUUCCCAUUCCCCGCAUAACUAUGUCUCCUUCCCCAUCACCACCAUGGCCUUUCAAACUAAAGAGGAGACAAUAUCCUAUAGCGGUCUGUUAUGCAACGACAAUCGACAAGUCUCAAGGUCAAUCGUUUGCGAAUGUUGGGUUGUAUUUGCCUAGGCCUGUCUCUAGGCAUGGAGAACUAUAUAUGGCAUUAUCCCGAGUUGAAAGCAAGCAAGGAUUGAAGAUCUUAAUACUUGAUGAGGAGGGCAAAGCAUCAGACACUACCACCAAUAUUGUCUACCAAGAAAUAUUCCGCAACCUUAAAUAGGAGGAUGAAGCCUGGGCAUUGAGAGUGAACAAAACCGUGGCUAAUCAAGUAGAACUUUAAAUCUAGCGCAUGCAGUAUUAUUGAAUUUUCCAAACUUUAUUGGUUCUUAUAUGGGAUCUUUUUGCCACACUAAUCAUUAGUUUUCUAUGUUUUGUUAAACGCAAUUUGGCUUUAACACAUACUCCGUACUUCUUUUUCGGCAAGACCUUUCUAAUUAGUAUGAUGAAUAUUUUGCGCCU